AUGACCGACAACACCAAUCCCGGCAAUUUUGCCAACCGCCCCAGAGAAGAGGUUUCUGAAAUCGGAAAGAAAGGCGGGCAGGCUAGUCAUGGAGGAUCAAGCGGAGACACAAGCAACCGCGGGUUUGCCAGCAUGGACCCUGAUAAACAACGCGAAAUUGCCUCGAAGGGAGGUCAUGCUUCGAGCGGGUCAUUUGAGCCAGGAAGCGAACGCGCAAAAGAGGCAGGCCACAAAGGUGGGCUUGCCAGCGGUGGUGGAAGCUCCUAA